AAAUAUCCCCAACGGUAAAACUUUACUCUCUGUCUCUCUCUCUCUCUUUGCCUUACAUUAUAAUUGUCAUCCCACUUGUUGCAAUAAAUAUUCCACAAAUAACAAGAAUCAUUCGAUUCUCUCCCUUUCAUCUUCUUCAAUUCACCAAAAAACAUGGAAGCUCUAAUUCACCACUUCACUCUCCUCUCCGACCAAGCCCUUGUCGACAAAACAUUCGACCCUUCAAGAAUUGAAGACCUCAUGCGUCUCUUCGAAGUCGAUUCCUACAAAGCUUGGGCAGCUCUCGAAUCCGAACAGCAACAAGAACUCGAACAAGCUGAAGAAUCUCUCCUUCAAGCCGAACUCGAACUCGAUCGGGAUAUGGAGUGGGGGAUGGAAGAGUAUCGGAGAACGUUGGAGGAGAUGGAGAGGAUGGAAGCGGCUGAGCUCAAAGAGCUUGAGGAGAAAGCAGAGACUGCUAGGAGAACUGGGAACUUAAUGGAGAAAGCGGCUACCAUAGCCGCGAAACGGCAUAUUGCGGCGGCGAUGGGAUCAGCGGCCGCGUCGAUGAGAUCGGCUUGGAAGACUGCAGCUGGGAAUAAGGUUCAUCCAUCUUGAUGAUGGUAGUGAGGAAUAUCAGAUAAGAUGACGCCAUAUCACAUGAAAGCAUUGGUUCCAUCCCAUGUUAUUAGGUGGAGAAGAACGUUUUAAAUAAAUAAACUAUUUCCUUUGAUAAACAUAUCUUUAAGGUUAUUUUUAAUUUGCUGAAGAUAGUUUAUGUCCUUGUAAUUUGUAAUCAUUUAUGUGAUUAUAGGAAGUCCUGAAGAAAUGUGCCGUAGGGGUGAGCAAAAUCAGCGCAACUCAGCUUACCUCAUCACAUAUAUUCAGAUAUUUUAUGAUCCAGCUUA